CACCUCUUAUAUCCUGUCAGCAACGGGCCAACAGUGGUGUUUUUCAUAUCAAACGAAAAGAAAAAAAAGUUCAAAAAAAAAAAAUUUUUCUACCCCGUGCGUUUUGAGAGAGAAAAAAAGAAAAAGAAGAAAAUAACAAAACCAAGUUAAAAUGCACAGUGAAAUUUUGCUCCCAGUUUUCUCGGAUUUUCCUUUCCUACCUCCCCCUGACUUCCAAACAGAGCGUAAAUCAAACCACCAAAUCACCAGAACCCUUUCUCGCGAAUGCAAUGGUUUCCAAGAAAUGAUCUCCGUACUGAGACGUGCAUCAGUAUCCCUGUCUAUAUCAUCGAGACCGUUUCCGCCUUCUAAACUCCUCAUGGAUCCAACCAACUGCUUCGGGGGAUCCGAGAGGCUGACAGCCUUAGCCCGACAGCUCCGCCUGUACAAGCCCCCUCCGUCAACGUCCGAUCAGAGCGACGACGAGGAGAAGAGAGUGGAAGAGAGCGGAGGGAAGGUGGUUUCUCAGGUGGGUUUUGUGGAAUCCGCGACCCCGAUCGACCGCCGGCCCGAAACGUUCAGACCCAAGAGAGCCGCCGUUCUCGUUUGUUUGUUCGAAGGAGAUGGUGGUGAUCUUCGCGUGAUUCUCACUAAGCGGUCCUCCAAGCUCUCCACUCACUCGGGUGAAAUUUCUUUGCCAGGGGGGAAAGCAGAGGAGGGAGAUGCAGAUGAUGCAGAAACAGCUACUAGGGAAGCAAAUGAGGAGAUAGGGUUGGACCCUUCUCUAGUGAAUGUUGUGACUGUCCUUGAACCAUUCUUGUCUAAGCAUCUCCUUCGAGUAAUUCCUGUUAUUGGCAUACUUUCCAACAGAAUUGCAUUCAACCCUGCUCCUAAUGCUGACGAAGUGGAAGCUGUAUUUGACGCUCCCCUGGAAAUGUUUAUACAGGAUAAGAAUCGGAGUGAAGAGGAGAGAGAGUGGAUGGGUGAGAAGUAUCUGAUUCAUCACUUCGACUAUGAAACAGAGGGUAAGAAGUACGUGAUAUGGGGCCUAACUGCUGGGAUUUUGAUUAGGGCAGCAUCAGUUGUGUACCAAAGACCACCAGCUUUUCUGGAGCAGAAUCCCAAAUUCAAGGGCCUGCUCCAUGUUCAGAAAGCUUAUUGGGUUGUGUGUACAUCAACUCUACAUGCCACCGUAUCCUCUUUAUUCUUUUGUGCUCUUGUUUAAUUGUGUACGCAGAAAUUGGGAAAUCUUUGAAUAAUCUCUUAACGUCGUCUAUGGGAAAAUGCUAAACUACCAUCUAAGAUAGCUCCCAUAUGGAUGUAAAAGAUGUACUGAGAAACCUGGAAACGUAUACUGUCUAUGAUCUUUCAACUGGUAUUGUUAGAAUUACGCUUUGUCGUUUAACAUCAUCUUGUCUAUCACGAGAUCUCUAUAUAUUCGCUGUGCAAUACAAGUAAUUCUGUACUGCUA